CCUUCCUUGAUGAUGGUUCUGCACAUGGUCUCUCUAGCUCUUCCCCCUCUUUUCUCUUCCAUGUUGACAGAUUUGCUGGGCAGUUACGGACUUUCUGAUUUGGCCGACAUUGAAGCAAUUCUGAAUCCAGGUGCUAUUGGCCAGAGACCAUUUAUUAAUCCUGACUUCAUGGAUUAUGAGUCCUUGCUGGCUUUGGGAGAACAGCUUGGUGAGGUCAGUAAAGGAAUGGAGGACUCAGAGAUCAACAAACUGGCUAUAUGCAGGCACAAAACUAGCCCAAGUCGGCAGGGAGCCAGUGCCUCCGCCAGCUCUGGCCUGGAACCACCGCAAUGCAACAUUUGUCUCAACGAUUAUGAAAACGGAGAUGAGAAGCGAGUGUUGCCCUGCAAGCAUGAAUUUCAUAAACAUUGCGUAGAUCAAUGGCUACAGACCAAUGCCACCUGUCCAAUCUGUAGGUCGGAUGUCCGGAAAAAAGAGUCUUGA